GUCAUCGCGAAAAUACGCCUAGGUCAGCUGUUUGAUGUUUGACGUUUGGCGGCCAUCUUUCAUUUGCCUUCUCCUACUUACUUCGUAGCUGUCUAUUUGAUAGAAAUAAUUGUCAUUUGUGAAAAAUAGUUUGGCUGAAAAGAAUCGACUUUAAUUUCUGGCCAUCGUUAAAUAUUAAGUUUCAUCCAAGAUGACGACGGGAAUGCCGGAGUUGGGCUCCAAAAUAAGUCUAAUAUCGAAGGCAGAUAUUCGCUAUGAAGGACGAUUAUUUACAGUUGAUCCCCAAGAAUGUACAAUAGCCUUGGCGUCCGAGGUCCAUUGCGCUCUUAAUAAAACAUUUAAAACGAUUCCAGUUCGAUCAUUUGGAACAGAAGAUAGGGAAACUCAGUACCCUGUGCCAGCUCAGAAUCAAGUAUAUGACUACAUCCUAUUCAGAGGUUCAGACAUCAAGGACAUUAGAGUGAUCAAUAACGUCGCUCAUCCACAACCACUCAAUGAUCCAGCUAUCAUGCAACUGUCUGUUCCUCCUUCAUUGACAGCCCAAUCGUAUCAAACACAUCCAGUUUUGGGUCCCAUGGGUCCGCAAAUGGGACAGUUUGCCGGCGCUUAUAGUAGUAUUGGUAAUUUGGGAGCACUCAGUACCGGAGGGAUAGGGGCGUCGCUUGGUAUGCCGCGAGACAAUAGGAAUUUGAACAAUUCGAAACCAAGUGAGUUGCUUUUGGGGAAUAGUACUCAGUCUACAGUUAAACCCCCGAUUCUUUCUCCUGCUAGCAUUGAACAACCUCAACCAGUGAUCAAUCAUGAUCUUAUUGGCGGUUCGCGAAGCACCACCCCAGCAAGUUUGGGAUCUAGAAAAUCGCCGACCAACGAUCAAGGCGUUCAAGCCGGUGGAUCUGCUCACCAUGAAAAGAAAGUUGUCAAACCGAUUCAGCCUCCCAAUCAACGAAAUCAGCAGAGAAGACGGUCUAAAGAAAGAAGAGAUUCUAGAGGAGACAAUCAGCAACAAAACAGAACUGGACCAAGGCCUCCGAUUGGUGUACAACACUACCAGCAUCAAGGUUCCUACUCAAAUCAAUACCAUCAUCAGCACCAUGGUCAGCAGCAGGGUUUCCAAUACCACGGUCAGCAAGGUUUUCAGCAGCAUCAAGGCUACCAGCAACAUUAUCAAAAUCAUAGUACUCCCAGAUCCAAUUGGGUGAACAGAGGCCUAACGAGACCGAGGGCAAGAUCAAGGGGUAAUGGAUUCAGGAACAACGCCCCGCUUGGAAACAGACCUAGGAAUACAUUGAAGUUUGAAAAUGAUUAUGAUUUCGAGCAGGCGAAUACGGAGUUCGAGGAACUUAGGAGCCAAUUAGGAAAGGUGAAAUUGGAAGAAGCAGGUAACGCAACAACAAAAAGCGACGUCGUUAACGGCGAUGUCGAUAAAAAAGACGAUUCCGGCAACGAGACGGGCGCUGGCGAAAACGAACAAGAAGAAGAACACGAAGUGUAUUACGACAAAACUAAAUCGUUCUUUGACAAGAUUUCUUGUGAGGCGGUCGAAAGGGCCAAAGGGAAAUCGCAAAGGACCGACUGGCGCAUCGAGCGCAAAUUGAAUUCGGAAACGUUUGGGGUGGCUGCGGCGAGACGAGGAGGAGGACGAGGCGGUUUCAGAGGCAUGGGUUACAGAGGUGGCUACAGAAACAACUACAGACAACCCCAACAGAAUAACCAACGUCGUCCCGGAGGACCCAGUAGCGAAAACAAUUCGCAGCCCGCUCCGCAACCGCAGCAGCAGGAACAGCAGCAGCAACAAGGUAAUCCAUCUGAUCAGAUCGAAAAACCUCAAGAGAAAUUAGACAUUGACACUGAUUCUGUCAAACAACUCGUUCUAGAGGCGGUAGAUUUGCCUGCUGAAACUUCGCAGGUUCAAAGCAAAAGUAGCGACCAGAUCGGGUCCGUGCCCGAGCCUGCAAUGGCAGGUACCAUUUCCAAGUUAUAA